AUGACGCAGAUCAUGUUCGAAACCUUCAACAGCCCGGCCAUGUACGUCGCCAUUCAAGCUGUCCUUUCCCUAUACGCUUCCGGUCGUACCACCGGUAUCGUCCUAGACUCCGGUGACGGUGUCUCUCACACCGUACCUAUCUACGAAGGUUACGCCCUUCCUCAUGCCAUCCUCCGUCUGGACUUGGCUGGUCGCGAUCUUACUGAUUAUCUCAUGAAGAUCCUCACCGAGAGAGGCUACAGCUUCACCACCACGGCUGAGCGAGAAAUCGUCCGCGAUAUCAAGGAAAAGCUAUGUUAUGUCGCUCUGGACUUCGAACAGGAAAUGGCCACCGCUGCUGCCAGCACCUCUCUCGAAAAGAGCUACGAGUUGCCCGAUGGUCAAGUCAUCACCAUCGGUAACGAGAGGUUCCGCACACCAGAGGCUCUCUUCCAACCUUCCUUCUUGGGUAUGGAAUCUUGCGGUAUUCACGAAACCGUCUAUAAUUCCAUCAUGAAGUGCGACGUCGAUAUCCGUAAGGAUCUCUACGCCAAUAAUGUCCUCUCUGGUGGUACUACCAUGUACCCCGGUAUCGCCGAUC